AUGAGGGUGACAGAACUCAUCAUCGACGGCUUUAAGUCGUACGCGGUGCGCACCGUGAUAUCAGGAUGGGACGAGAGCUUCAACUCGAUUACCGGCCUCAACGGCAGUGGAAAGUCCAAUAUUUUGGAUGCCAUCUGCUUUGUCUUGGGUAUCACCAACAUGUCAACAGUCCGCGCGCAGAACUUGCAGGAUUUAAUCUACAAGCGCGGCCAAGCAGGCGUCACCAAGGCUAGUGUUACCAUCGUGUUCGAUAACCGGGAUAAGAAACGCUCGCCCAUCGGGUUCGAUGAAUAUGCGACCAUCAGUGUUACGCGUCAAAUUGUUCUUGGCGGAACGACAAAAUAUCUGAUCAAUGGCCACCGCGCACAACAACAAACAGUUCAAAAUCUUUUCCAAUCCGUCCAACUCAACAUCAACAACCCGAACUUUUUGAUCAUGCAGGGGCGAAUCACCAAGGUGCUCAACAUGAAGGCCGUCGAGAUUCUCGCCAUGAUCGAGGAGGCCGCUGGCACGAGAAUGUUUGAGGAUAGGAGGGACAAGGCGUUAAAGACGAUGGGCAAGAAGGAGAUGAAGCUCCAGGAAAUUACGGAGCUCCUCCGCGAUGAGAUCGAACCCAAACUCGAAAAGCUACGGACCGAAAAGCGCGCAUUCCUCGAUUUCCAGCAAACGCAAAACGACCUCGAGCGGUUGACCCGAGUGGUGGUCGCUCACGACUACGUUCGGUGCCAGGAGAAGUUGAAGCAAUCCGCUUCAGACCUUGAGGCGAAGAAAAAACGCGAGAAGGACCUGGAGGAGUCAGCAGCGCGACUCAAGAGCGAGAUUGCAAACCUAGAGGAAGAUGUGGAACGGGUCAAGGGGCAGCGGGACAAGGAGCUCCGCAAGGGGGGCAAAGCGCAGGCGCUCGAGGAGGCAGUUAAGAAGCAUGCAAAUGAGCUCGUUCGCCUUGCUACAGUGGCGGAUCUCAAGCGUAACAGCAUGGCCGAGGAACAGGAGAGGAGGUCAGGCUGCGAGAAGGCCGUUGGCGAGUUGGAGGCGACCCUGAAAGACAAGACGAAAGCAUACGACAAGAUCAAGGCCAAACAUGACGCCGCGAAAGAGGCCGCGGAGAAUCAGAGCCGGGAAGCGGAGUCAAAAGAAGAACUCUUACAAACCCUGCAAACCGGCGUCGCAUCCAAGGAAGGACAAGAAAAUGGAUACCAAGGACAACUACAGGACGCCAGGAAUCGAGUCACAGCAGCAGUCACGGAACAAGAGCAAGCAAAGAUCAAGAUCGCCCAUCUCGAGAAGCGGAUCAAGGAGGAAGAACCUCGUGCGAUGCGGGCGAAGGACUCGAACGCCGCACUGCUCAAAGACCUCGAGGGACUCAAGCACCAGGCACAAAGGCUGGAACAUGAGCUUGGGAAACUCGGGUUCCAACCAGGCACGGAGAAAGAAAUGUACCAGCAGGAAAGCCAGCUCCAGCAAACCAUCCGAAAUCUCCGACAGGAGUCCGACACCCUCAAGCGCAAGGUGGCGAACAUUGAUUUCAACUACGCGGACCCCGUGCCCAACUUUGACCGCUCUAAAGUCAAGGGUCUUGUGGCGCAGCUCUUCUCCCUCGACCAGCAGUUCACGCAAGCCGCCACGGCGCUCGAAAUCUGCGCUGGUGGGCGGUUAUACAACGUUGUUGUUGAUACCGAAGUCACCGGCACCCAGCUUUUGCAAGGUGGGAGGUUACGGAAGCGUGUCACCAUCAUUCCGCUCAACAAGAUUUCCACCUUCAGGGCGUCAGCUCAGACGGUUGCUACGGCCCAGAGAAUUGCGCCGGGGAAAGUUGACUUGGCGCUGUCUCUAGUGGGGUACGACGAGCAAGUCUCGGCAGCCAUGGAGUAUGUUUUCGGCAACACCCUCGUUUGCGCUGAUGGCGAGACCGCGAAGAGGGUGACGUUUGAUCCCAACGUUCGGAUGCGGAGUAUCACGCUGGAGGGCGAUGCCUAUGAUCCAUCGGGUACGCUUUCGGGUGGUAGUGCUCCGAAUUCGAGCGGUGUGCUGGUCACUCUGCAAAAGCUCAACGAAAUUACGAGGCAGCUGAGAGAGGCAGAGGCCUCGCUCGGCCAGCUGCAGUCCCAGAUUGCGCGGGAGAAGUCCCGGCUCGACCAGGCCAAGAAGAUCAAGCAGGAGCUCGACCUCAAAGCGCACGAGAUCAAGCUUGCGGAGGAACAAAUUGGUGGGAACUCGUCCUCGUCUAUCCUUCAGGAGGUGCAAAAGAUGAAGGAAACGAUUGCCGAGCUCAAGGAAUCCGGCACGGAAGCCAAAAAGCGGCAAGCCGAGGCCAGCGCGGAUGUCAAAAGAAUUGAGAAGGACAUGAAGGAUUUCGACAACAACAAGGACGCCAAACUGGUCGAGCUCCAGGCCUCGGUGGACAAGCUCCGUGUUGCUGUCGAAAAGAUGACGGCGUCCAACAAGACGCUGCAAAAAGAACUCCAAAAUGCACAGCUCGAUUCGGAGCAGGUGUCGGGUGAUCUCGCAGCUGCGCGUGAGCAACUUCAAGAAAUUGACCUUGCCCUAAAGGCGCACCAGGAAGAAGGGGAAGAGCUUCUCAAGCAACAGCAGAACCUCAAGGAAACACACGACACCGCGCAGGCGCAACUAGAGGAGGAACGCACCAAGCUGCAUGUGUUUGACGACGAGCUCCGCGCACUUGAGCAAGCCAUGCGCUCCAAGAACUCUCGACUGACGGAGGAAGGACUGGAGAAACAAAAGCUGGCCCACCAAGUCGAAAAAUUCCACAAGGAACAGCAGGCCGCGGCGCAGAGCGUGUCGCGCAUGGAGGAGGAACACGAAUGGAUUGCGGAAGCACGCGACCAGUUCGGACGCACAGGGACCCCCUACGACUUCAAGGGCCAGAACAUCGCCGAAUGCAAGGCGACGCACAAGAAUCUGCUAGAGCGCAGCCAAGGUCUGCGUAAGAAAAUCAACCCCAAGGUCAUGAACAUGAUCGACAGCGUGGAGAAGAAGGAGGUGUCGCUCAAGCACAUGAUGCGCACCGUCAUCCGCGACAAGCGCAAGAUCGAGGAGACCAUCAUCAGCCUCGACGAUUACAAGAAAAAGGCACUGCAGGAGACGUGGGAAAAGGUCAAUGGCGACUUUGGGCAGAUCUUUUCCGAGCUGCUGCCUGGGAGCUUUGCCAAGUUGGACCCGCCCGAGGGCAAGACAAUCUCGGACGGGUUGGAGGUCAAGGUGUCUCUGGGCAAGGUCUGGAAGCAGUCUCUGACCGAGUUGUCCGGUGGUCAACGCUCCCUCAUUGCCCUUUCCUUGAUCAUGGCGCUGCUCCAGUUCAAGCCCGCGCCCAUGUACAUCCUGGAUGAGGUCGACGCCGCGUUGGAUUUGUCGCACACGCAAAACAUCGGUCGCCUGAUCAAGACCCGCUUCCGUGGCUCACAGUUUAUCGUCGUCUCGCUCAAGGAUGGCAUGUUCCAGAAUGCGAACCGUAUCUUCCGCACCCGCUUUAGCGAGGGUACGAGUAUGGUCCAGGCGUUGACACCGGCGGAUUUGAGGUGA